AUGCCGACUUUGUUUUGCUAGUAGAUUCGUAUCUAUUUGGUAACAUUAAAAUUUUUCAAGAUUCUCGCGAUCUAGUGUGAUUUGAUUAAAAAUCAGUUAACUGGUAGCAAGUGCGUAUUAGAUCCAGAUUCUAAUGAAAGUAUGCCACAUCACACAAACUAUUUAGUCGCACUAUUGUAAACGUUCAACCAGCAGCAUGAACACGCUUCAAAACCGGCUGCAGUACUACAGGAAGCAAAAGUUCUUCCGGUACGGUGUUCCGUUCCUAGUCCUAAUCGUUGCCGGAUCAUUCGGUUUACAACAGUUUGCUCAGCUUAGAUACACUUAUUCCAAAAAGGGUACUCUUACCUGGGAGGAAGCCGAAUCGUACGGUAUUGAGAUGAAAAAGCCAGCAGAGGUUACGCUGGAGACGGAAUAUGAUAAAAUAAAAGCAAUUGACAUCGACAGUUGGGAAAACGUUCGUGGUCCGCGGCCGUGGGAAGAAGAAACCAUGCCCAGACAGGCAAAGGUAGGACAUUAAAGAAAAAUGAGACACUAGUUUUUUUUGUAGUUGAUAUAAGUUAAUUAUCAGAAAAAUAAAAAAGAGGAUUUGUAUAUUUA